CACAGUUUGCGUAAUUGCAGUUUAAUUAGCUUCAAUAAAACGCCGACGGUGCACUCGUGCGGCGAACCACGUUAAUUGUGGUAUUUUGUCCGAAUUAAAAGUUCAAGUAGGUUGGCACCUCUGCAAUUUGUUUGCAUUGCAGGAAGACUUCAAUUUUGUAGAUUUUUUCCAAAAAUUAAUAAUGGGGUCAGAGAGUGAAGAAGUGCUUGUGGAAGAUUCGGACGAUUCCUUGCUUGACAUCAGAGAGCUAAAUGAUUUGGAAUUUGAUAUUCCAUCGGUGGCCGCUCCCUCGCUGGAGAGUGUCCUCUGGGACAUGGAAUCAGAGGAAGGGAGUGACAGUGCCUCACUACACUCCUUUCAAAGUCUCACAUCAAAAUUUCGGUCUAUGUUGUGUCAUAGGAUUUUGCAAGGGGUCUCUACACAAGUCGCUUCCGCCGGGGAACGCGUUGGUGCCGGCUUACCAACCGUAAUAACAAAUAGUCUGAAGUAUGUAGCAAUAGGGACUUCUCACGGAUAUGUGUUAAAUUUUGAUUCAGAACAGAAUCUUUGUUGGUGUUGUUAUGACACCAACUCCAGUGAUCAAGGGGCUGUGUCAGCUUUAGCCUUUAAUUUAGACUCUACAAGACUACUUAUAGGAUAUGAACGGGGCUUUAUUUCAAUGGUGGACGCAACCAGUGGCGACAUAAUUAGAAAAUUACCCGACGCCCAUGCCCCCCAGACCGCCGUCUUGCACUUGCGAUUCACCUUUUUGAAUAAUUUGGCGCUUUGUGGCGACUCUUCAGGUUGCGUUUUUUCCCUUUCGUUUAAUCGCCGUUUAGGAGUACGCAGUUGGGACUCAAAGUGUCUUUUUUCGGGCGCUCGUGGCGAAGUUUGUGUCUUUGAACCGUUGGUCCAAGGCCACGAUAUUCAUUUUUUAAGCCACCAUAUCCUUGUUGCCAUGGCUACAUUAUCCAAGGUCAUAGUGAUAUCAAUUCGGCCCCGGCUGAAAGUCCUGUUCAGUCAGCCGCUACCGAGAGUUUCAACCUCUCUGCCGUUGAUUUCGUGGCAGUUGGUGUCGGUGGGACGAACGUUUCAGCCCGUGCUCGCAUGGGGGCGCUGCAACGAACUGAACUACACCCGAGUUGUAUUCCAUAGUACGAAUAACAAUCGACUGAGGCUUCUCCCCUUGCGCAACGUUCAGCUGAACUAUACUCUGACUGCCAUGCAUUGGUUGGGGACGCGCCACUUGGCGUUACUUGACACCAGUGAGAAUUUGAGGCUGGUGGAGGUGCGGACGCAGCGCGAGUUGGAAGUUUUGGAGUUGGCCAGUGCUGGACUGGUGUAUAGUUCGGCGCAUUUUAAAGCCCUGGCUGUGGGAGGGGGCGUCAGUGAGGCGUUUGCACUGGCAGGGGAGAGGGCCUGUUACAACAGUUUAUCUAGUCGAGGGGAUCAAUUACUAGUUUUGGGUACAAAAGCUGUGCAUUUAAUUAAAUUAAGGACGUGGCCGGAACGACUUUUGUAUCUCAGUGAGCAGGGGAGGUGGGCUGAGGCGCUCAAUUUGGCCGCUGAAGAGGGAAUGAAUCGGGAAAUUUUCACCUCAAGUCUUCUAAAAAAGUAUUUGGAAAAUCUCAACCAAAACACGGUGGAUAAGGACAGCUUAACGGCGGCGGUAAAUUGUUGCGUCAAGUUGAAUAAAACUGAUAUCCUUUGCAACGAACUUCUGGAAGCCGUGUCAAGUGACCAAAGCAAUCAAGACUGGUACUAUACUCUUCUAACCGAUCACAUAAACAACGGUUUACUAACAAGCAUGAGCCCGCAAGUGGCUCAAACUUUAGUGGAUUAUUUAGAGAAAAAAGACGCCAAAGUAUUAGAAAACGUUCUCUUAUCGCUCGACAUCACUUGUCUAGACCUCCACCAGGCGUUAAGCAUUUGCAAGAAACGCAAGCUUUACGACGCGUGGAUUCACAUAACGACUAAAACAAUCGGGGAUUACGCGAGCCCUUUGACCGAGUUCCUGGCCGAACUUACUCCGGACAACCACCGACUGGGAAACACAAUUUUAGUUUACGUAUCGUCAUGCCUAGCUGGCCUGGGCUACCCUAGCGGGCAUAUCCCUGAGAAGGACGUCCCGAGGGCCAAACACGAAGUCCUGCGCUGUUUGGAGACAGUUCACUCGAUGAAAGGGUCAGAGAAUGAGCCCUCUUAUCCCUACCUGAGGGCGCUGCUCAAAUACAAUACUCGCGAGUGUUUGAACGUGGUGGGCUUGGCGUUCACCGAAGCCGAAUUUUCGGGCGAAAUGGGGCUUUUGCAGCGACAAAGACUCGUACAAAUACUCACAAAAAUCGUGAUACCGCCAGAAUUUUCCGCAAGUCAGAUUAUUAAUUUAGCGUGUUUUAUCGUUCGGUUGGUGACGUCAAACAAUUUGAACAUUGAUGAAGCGAUGUUGGAUACAGUUAUCAAGUCGUUAACGGAUUUUGUUGAUCAGCCGUUAAGUUUGCGGGAUCAUAGUGAGCGGGAGCAAGCCUGGUUGGAUUUACUUAACGCCGGGAAAUUGAAGUUUUUGUCAAACAAGGAUUUGCUUCACUUAGCGCUUGAGUCGAAGUGUUACCGCGUGGCUGAACACUUGUACGAAGUAUUGAACGACUAUUCCAAUAUCCUUGUUUGUUAUUUGAGAGACCCUGUGCGCAAAUCGGACGUUUUCAACUACAUUCUGAAUUACAUAACGGAUGCAGAACGUAGCGUUGAGGAACAAUUCGUUGUCAAUUUCCGUGAUUUAGUCGCGACCGAUAGCAAGAAAACCAGUGAAGUGGUUGUCGAACAUUUCCCUGAACUUAUAGUACAAUUAAGCGAGAUUGUUGAUUCAGCCCCCGAUUUACAAUACGCGUUUCUGAAGGGGGUAGUGUCAAGUGACAUCAAGCUACCUUCGGAACUCGCCGAGAAAUAUCUAGAGCUCUUAUGUUUGAAAAAUCCGCAAGAAGUGUGCAGUUAUGUGCAGCUCAGUUCGUGUCGAAUCGACAAAGCUCUAGCCAUCACGAAGAAACACGAAGUGCAUGCGGCCACAGCCCUCCUCCUGGAGCAAGGGGGCGAGUGGACGGACGCCUUGCAACUGUUACUGCAACACGAUAUGGUCGACGAAGCUGUUAAUUUGUGUAUACGUGGGGCCGAGCAUUUGGAUUCAGACGGGGCCCAAAAACUCUGGCUGGCGUUGUUGCAACACAACAAGAGCACUAGAACCAUGUCUUUGAGGCAGUUAUUGCACGCGGCGGCCCCGCAUGUGCUCCCGGCGCAGCUUUUGAAUUUGGUGUCCAAUGCGAGUUUCGGGGAUGUUAAGGUUUUGUUGCAAGGGAUGUUGAUUGAUUAUGUCCAUGAUGUGCAGAUGUUUAGCACGACUUUGAAGCUACUCAGUAGGGAUUUGCAUCAUGAGUUGGCGAAAUCGUUAUGUUCGAACAGUCGGGGGAUUUCCGUGACUAAUGUUGGCUGCAAAUUGUGCCAGAAACCGCUGGUCUUUCGUCAGGAGUUGGGCGGUGAACAAUCAAUUGCAGUAUGGGGCUGUGGGCACUGUUUUCACGUCACGUGUCUCAAAGUGAUCGAAAAUGACACGGCAUGCCCACAGUGCCGAAUGCAGGCGAGCCAAGUUCCGGCCACUCAGCCGGUAAAAAAGUAUACUGUCGAAACAAAGACACACGCAAGGCCUGAUCUAGAAGGCCACUUUUAAGUACUAGUCUUACUUAGGAUAUUAACACUUUCCGUCAUUAGAAAAUUUCUUUUACUACUACCUGCAAUUAUGUAUAAAUUUGUGAUAUUUAUAUUUUUAUUAUUUGUACAAAUAAAAUAUAUACAUGUUA